GCUCCUCCAGAGUGAGCAAGGAGUAGCUACACCACAGACGACGACAAACGAUUGGAAACGCAACCUUGGCGAGUUUUGAGCGGGGAAUACGCUGACAAUCUGGGGGUUUAGUAACAAGGGGAGUCCGCAAUGACUUGGGGAACGGAGCUUUGGGACCAGUUUGAAAACCUUGACAAGCAUACUCAAUGGGGGAUCGACUUCCUAGAGAGGUAUUCAAAGUUUGUCAAGGAAAGGCUGGAGAUCGAACAGACAUAUGCAAAACAGUUGAGGAACCUGGUGAAGAAGUACUGUCCCAAACGCUCCAAAGACGAUGAACCUAGGUUCUCGUCGUGCGUGUCGUUCUACUCCAUCCUGAACGAGCUGAAUGACUACGCGGGGCAGAGGGAGGUGGUGGCCGAGGAGAUGGGACACAAGGUGUACGGAGAGCUGAUGAGGUAUUCACAGGACCUCAAGUCAGAGAGGAAACAGCACCUCCAGGAGGGCAGGAAGGCCCAGCAGUAUCUGGACCAGUGUUGGAAACAGAUGGACAAUAGCAAGAAGAAGUUUGAGCGGGAGUGCAAGGAGGCAGAGAAAUCACAGAUCAGCUACGACCGGUUAGACAACGACAUCAACGCCACCAAGUCAGAGGUAGAAAAGGCAAAGUCCCAGUUGUACCUGCGCACACACUCGGCAGACGAGAGUAAGAACGAGUACGCUGCUCAGCUGCAGAACUUUAACGGGGAACAGUGGAAACAUUUCAACGUGGCCAUUCCACAGAUAUUCAAGAACCUGCAGGACAUGGACGAGAGGCGGACAGUGAAGCUGGGAGAGACGUACCGGAGCUUUGCCGACGUGGAGCGCAGAGUCGUCCCCAUUAUCUCCAAGUGUCUGGAGGGUAUGGUGACUGCUGCCAAGGCUGUGGACCAACGCAAGGACUCAGCGAUUGUAGUGGAGUCGUUUAAGUCAGGCUUUGAGCCUCCGGGGGACUACCCGUUUGAGGACUACAGUCAGAAUCUCUCCCGGACGGGCUCAGACAACACCAUCAGCACCCCCAAGAACGAGGGGGGGGUCAAGCCAGACCCCAAACACUCCAUCAGCAAAACAGCCAAGAACAAACUGUGGCUCUUUGGGAAAAAGCCGAAGGCUCCAUCACUGGAGGACUUUAGCCAUCUGCCUCCUGAACAGAGACGUAAGAGGCUCCAGGCUAGGAUAGACGAGCUCAGCAAAGAACUACAGAAAGAAGUGGACCAAAGAGAUGCACUGAACAAGAUGAAGGAUGUGUAUGAGAAGAACCCUCAGAUGGGCGACCCCCAGAGUCUCCAGCCCAAGAUAUCAGAGACCAUGUGCAACAUGGAGAAACUGCGCUCUGAGAUCCACAAGAAUGAGAGCUGGCUGUCGGAGGUGGAGGGGAAAGUGAGCACCAGAGGAGACCGAAGACCCAGUGCUGAUGUCAACCAUCACGCCCCCCACGGCAGAGAGAGCCCUGAGGGCAGUUACACAGACGUCCCCAACCAGGAGCACCGCAGCCCCCCUCACCAGCCAGACCCCCGACAGGCCCACCAGCCAGACGAGUUUGAUGAUGAGUUUGACGAUGACGACCCGCUCCCAGUCAUUGGCCACUGCAAAGCACUCUACUCCUUUAGCGGUCAGAACGAGGGUACGCUGUUGAUGAAGGAGAACGAGGUGCUGUACAUCAUUGAGGAGGACAAGGGUGACGGCUGGACGCGAGCCAGGAAGCAGAGCGGAGAGGAGGGCUAUGUGCCCACGUCCUACGUGGAGAUCGCUAUGGAGAAGAACAGCAAAGAUUCCUGAGUGGAGCAGUGUGGCGAGGUCUUUGGUGGAGGGUACAUGCUGAGUCUGGUGGGGCUAGUGGCAGACAGGUCUUGUUCUGGGCGGACAGAGCAGGGGAGGGGAAAGGCUUGGCAGGUUGCAUGUUUGCAUGCACACGUCCAUGGCCAUUAACAUGAUUCCAUAGCAUCAGAGACUCUUGGGGUAGUAGCUAUGCCUCUGUAGGAGGGGAGUGUUCUUCCUAAACUGUGUCUGCCUAGACACAGCACAGAGUAACCAUCCAACUGCAGCAUAACAGCAGAAUCCGGGACCGGGGAGGGGUCUUAGAGCUAGCAGCUUACAACAUCAUCAUUUAUAAUGAGAGAAAAGCAAGCAAUGCACUACUACACUACUACUACACUACUACUCACCUCUGUAUUUCUGCUCCUCAGAUAAUGUCCAGCACUAACAGCCUGUCUUGUUGUUGCAUUGUCAUUCUAUUGUUGGUAAUGCCUGACUGUGCCACUCUCCUGUGGUCGCCUUACCUUAACGCGCGCCAGCAUGUCUGUAACAUGAACUGUCAUUCCUUCAUACAGGACUGGCCAUGAUGAAUGCAGCGUCUUGGAUGUAACUGUGGUCGCUCCCGCCGCCCAUUCAUUCACUUCUAAUCUUCCUGUAUGUCUUCUUCAUUCUUCCACGUUUAGUUUUUUGUGUGUCUUGUUUUUGUUCUAACUGUUGAUGGAAUUGUUCUCAUCAUGCUAGUGCGUGUGUGUGUUGAAUGUCAUCUCUGUCAUGGUGUUGUUCAGUAACUCGUGGCGCCGCAUUCAGUCACUCAGGUCGGUGUAGGACUACUGUAGUCACAGACAGCCGGCCUGUCCAUCACACUACCCCCUCCUCGCUCCUCCCUGCACCAGCACCAGACAAGAGGAAGGCUGGAGGGGUGGUGCAGUGACAUCAGCGCACCAGCAGAGGGCCUUCCUCCCUCACCAGUCAGUCAUCACACAGGAGCUCAGGCUCAGGCCAGGAAACCUGGAGGCUGAGCUAAAACAAAGGCCAUCGAACAACAACACUCCAUGCAUUCUUUUCCUUAAUAAUAUCUGAGAGUGAGGAUGGACCCACUGAGUGCUCUUCCAUCACUCUCUGCUGCACACAAGGACUCCAACCGACUAGAUCUACGCUGGCUUGCUGUGGUGGUGCUCUUGGGCCUGACCGCCACGUCUCUUCUCCUCUGUCUCCCUGGAGCAUCCUGGGGCCUCGGUGUGCUGCGAUCUCCACACAAAUGAGUGUUGCAUUACCAUAACGUUCCUCUUUCAAGCGCAUAUUAUAUUUCUGAUUGUGAUGAUACAUAUAUUAACAUGUGUAAACAUAUACCCGUAUGUAUAUAAGUAGUUAAUUUUAUUACUGAAUUGUAUUAACAUCUCUUUUAUUUCAUACUGAAUGUGUUUUUAUGGUGACUUUUUAUAGGGUUUUAAUCAGUCGUACCAUUAGCUCAUAGUAGCCAUGCAUUGUUUGUCAGAACAUCCUUCUGAUGUUGAUGCACUUUUGCCCUAUAGCAUUUUUAAUUGAAUAUCGAUGAAUGAAUGAAAUGGACUCUGUAUGCUACCUUUUGUACAAAUGUAAAGUGAGACAGCUGUGACCACUGUUAUUAUAGGUGGUGUAGAGUUCAGAACUACCACAAAUAUAGGAAUUUACUGCUUUUGAUACUCCUAGUCCUAACCAUUUUUAAUUUAAUUAAUUUGGAAGUGAAUUUAAUUUGCACGAUUCCCUUUAAUUAGUAUGAGCAUAAUUGACAUGGUGAGUGAUCACCAUGAUCACCCAUGUUGCUUAAAUCAAAGAAGUGAUGUAGCUUUUAUCAGACUGACAGUGUUUUACCCUGGCAGGAUAUAAUAUUCCCCAUUUUAAAACCCUUUUUUUGCAGUUAAUUUGGUGGUCCCACUUUGAAAUGCUAAUAGGAUCAGUGAUUUAGUUCCUAAUAAAUACUUAAAGCUGUGAAAGUGAUAUCAUGAUAUGUUCAUCUUACUUGAACUGCAUCUCUCUCAACUUCCUGGAGACAACCCUAGGUCUUAGACAUCCAAUGGAGGAACAUAUCUUCUUGAUGAAUGUGCACUAACUAACACAGAUAAUGCUGUUUAAAAUGGUGCAGGUUAUAUACAUCCUGCGAUUCUGUUUAGUUUAUCUUGUCAUUCCAUUGCCUGGAUGAGCUCAUUUGAAUGUUCACUCCUCUUUUGUUGAACUGGUGUAUUAUCAGAAAUCAGAACUGGGGGAAAGUCCUUCCCUUUGUUUCAGUGACCUUCCUUUGAGUAGCUUACGGAGGAGCAUGAAGGUGCAUGCUUGACUCAACAUAUCUGAAGUUCACAGCAAAUAUUUAAGCGCUGUAUAUUGGCUACCUGCCUCUAUUGUAGGCCUAUUCAUGUAUUGACCCUACUCUACAAUAUCAACCAAUAUAGUAAUACUGGUUAAAUCCCUGAUGAACAUGUAAUUGUUGAUCAAAAUCAGAAGAGGAAGUCCAGGUUUAAGUUGUUAAUGUGUAAGUAGUUGUUUUUAAUAUGAAGUACGUUAACCCAUUCAUGUCUGCAGUGUGUGUCUGGCUAUCCUCCAUCAGUAAUAACAAGGAGUUUGACACGCUUGUCUCUAAUUGCCUAAAAUGGUGCUGGACCGAAUUGUUGUCACCACAGUGCAAGUGGCCUUCAGUGAUGACGCUUUUUGAUGAUGGAUAUGUAGGUUUCUCACUAGCAUCCUUAACCAAAAGUUAUGCCAUGAAGGGAUUUUCAUUUUGGGCUGAAACUGAGCUAAAUCAUAUCCAUUAUGCUGUAAUUCUGAUCAUUAUGCAAAACUUAACAAUAAGUUUUAAGACUCGGUAAUAUUCACGCUUGCAGUGGCAAAUUCGUCUAAUGGCAGAAAAGUAGAUAUGAGAAUCUCGCUGUUGUCUUAUUUUAACAUAUAUUGUAAUAACCAAUUGCAGUACUUCUAUUUCUUCAUGUUGUGCACAUCUUUUUACUUUUAAUGUUGUGAGACACUUUGUGUGGGAAAAAAUGUUCUCUCAAAUUGUUCUAAUAAACAAACACAUGAACAAACAUUGGCAUCUUUUUGAACACUUCAUUAACAUCUCUGUAUACCCGUCGCAAAACCCUCUGGUUGAUGUUUAUUUAUAAAACCCUCUUAGGCAUCACUGCCCCCUAUCUGAGAUAUCUACUGCAGCCCUCAUCCUCCACAUACAACACCCAUUCUUGUCAGUCACAUUCUGUAAAAGGUCCCAAAAGCACACACACGCUCGUCUUUUCAGUUCGCUGCGACUGGAACGAGCUGCAACUCUGGA